CCUUUUCCAGCAUAUGAGUAUUGGUCUGUGAAACACAGGAUCUUGCUAUUCACGUGCACAAUGUAUGUACAAAGAAGAUAUCACAUCAAGAACUUGAGGCUGUGCAAAUACUCAUACCCACAUCUCCAAGAACUAUGACUUCAAAUAGUUUAUAUGAUAUAGAGGUUGUGACGUAGGAAGCCAUGAAGAUUUAAUUCAGAAAUUUCUACUUGAGCAAUAACAAUAGGAGUAACUGUAGAUAAAUCAGCAGAAGUCUGUUGACAUACCACGUAACCCUAGGAUCUCUUCAUUUCAUUUAUUGACCCAACACAGCAUUUGACUCUAAAUCAUGUAGCUCUGGGAUUGUGGUCCAGGGAUUUGAAUGGUCAAGGAACUUCAUCACUAUCCUCUGCAAUUGCUUGAGUGGGACAUCUGAAACGUACACCUUCAAAAUCUGGAAAGCAUUCAAGCAAGAAUAUGCGAUAGUCCCCAUAUUUUUUACAAUCUAACUGACGGUGGUGAUUCACCUCAUCAAAGAUCAACUGCCCUCUUGUAUCUGGAGACAGAAAGCUCGUAUACUGCCUGAGCUACUGUGCUUUUCCAGCACCACACUCUCGACUCUGAUCUCCAGCAUCUGCAGUCCUCACUUUCUCCUAUUAGAUUUACAAGCCACUCUUCUUCAUUUGAAAAACACAAAAUAUGGCCAAAUCAAAUGUAUAUAUCAUUCCAAAAAUAAUCAUCACAUAUGUCAAAAGCAGGACUCCGGUAUAAAUCCAGUAUUUUCCAUGCCUUGACAGCUACCUCUUUUAAAGGAUCUUACACCAGAUUAACUGCAUCAGCUCAGCCUUCUGAAAACUAGAACAUCAAGCAUUUGAUAAUAAAUGCUUGCAUGUAUACAAAAGGCCUGGUAUACAGAAUGGUUGACUUCACUACAUUCCAGUUCUGAAGUGGAACAUGGACUAUGUAUCAUUGACAUGUUAGAGUGCUGGAGAAAUUCGAUCAGCAAUCCUUCUGCUGCAUUCUUUGGAUUCAAUGAGAGCACCAUCACGAAAACACUGGUGUCUUCCUGAAGAUGUUCCACAAGCAUUCAAGCAAAACAACAAACUCAAUCUGCAUGAACCGGACACUGUGUCCGAGUGACUGGAAACAGACUUCCUGUCAGGUCAGACUUUGUUAACUAGCAAAAGGCCACUGUUGCAAAGCAGGACAAAGAACAGAUCUCAAAGACACUCUGAAGCUCUCCUUGAAGCAUGGUCAUGUUGAUAUAGUGACUGGGAGGAACUUGUGAUAGCCAUUCAGAAUGAUAGUAACUUGUUCAACAUGCUUUAAGCUGCCAUGUCUUAAUGAUAAGACAGAGCAGUAGCAGAGAAGAGCUUGCUGUUUGCAGCUUUUUACACAGGUUUAUGAGUUUCAUGCAACAGUUGCCUCUUCAUUGAAGGAAGUUGUGUGGUAUUUCAAUUUCCUGUCACGUGAUGAAUUAGGCUCUGACAUGGAUAAAACUGGCCUCAUUUAUUUCGAGCAAAGGCUGAAAUGUAACGUUGCUAUUGAAAUGAGGAUUCUGUCUGGUAUCCCCAUAAUCUAAUGGGAGUCAUUGCAAAAUAUGGAACAAGUGACUGUCUAUUCAGCAGAUAUAGAUUCAGAUCAGAACUCAAUAUCGUGUACUUCUCUGCAACCUGACCAAGAAACUAACAUGUCCCGGGAAGUGCCAAGUUACCUGGCAGAGGGAGGAGGAAGAAGAAGAAAAUGCACAACUUCCAAAAGUGAACAGCAUUCUUCAGUUUGGUGCUCAGGAAAUGAGAUGUCAAAUUUGCUGUCUGUGUUUGAAGAGAUGCAGCUAUCUGAAAGUAGACGACCUCUGAGAGAGCUUCCUAUUAAUUUGACAGAGAAAAGAAAAGUGAGAGAGAAGAGAAAAUGUGACACUGGAUCUCUCAGCAACUGGGGGAGCUGGAAGCAAAACCGACAGAAUUCAUUGACAAGGCUCAAGGAAGAAGCAAUAGGUGUCAUCUCCUGGUUAGAACUGUGGAGAAGCUCUCUGAGUGAAAUAGAAGGUCGAUAUGGCACUGGCAUCCAGUCAUAUUUCACCUUUCUACGUUUUUUGGUCUUCCUGAAUUUUUCUGCCUUUCUUCUGGUUGGUGGAUUUGUGCUCCUCCCAUCCAUCUACAUCAACACAAUGAAACUCAACCUGACAACUGCAGAACACCUGAGGAACAGUGAGUAUGCUUCCUCUUUAGCGCCUGAAUGUUUCAAGUACAAUCCAUAUCCUCAGGGCUUGGUUCGUUUUUAUGCGUACAUCUUGGAUCUGUUCUCUGGAACGGGAUUUAUGGAACUCUCCUACAUGUUCUAUGGGUAUUAUAAAUCCGAUGUAUACCAGGAUGUUAACUAUAAGCUUCCUCUAGCCUACCUGCUGACCAUGUUCCUCUACUUUCUACUUUGCUUCAGCUGGAUUAUUGGAAGGAUAGUGAAUGGAUUUAAACAGGAAUGCAUGCAUGAGAAGAAUUACAGCACCAGGCACAGUACCAAAAUUUUCACUCUCUGGGACUUUUGUAUCAAGGAAACCAUUAUGGCCACACUUAAGAAACAGAGCAUUGUGAAUGAUUUGAAGAUUGAUUUACAAGAACAAACGUGCAGGAGGAGAAAAGCUGAGCGAAGCACCGAGGACAGAUUGUUCCUCUACUUCAUCCGUUUUGUGCUUAACUUGUUCAUCAUGAUUUUGUUGACUGGAGCUUUUUACUGCAUUUAUCAAGCAACCACAACAUCCCAGCAGUUCCAGCGGAGGGGGAGUGAAAACAAGGAAAUGUAUUUUGUCAUUGAAUUCUUCAUGGAAUAUCUCCCACCCAUUGUCAUUUCCAUUAGUAAUAUUCUCCUGCCAUUUUUAUUUCGGAUAAUUGUCCGAUAUGAAGAAUAUCCACCAAACACUGAAAUCAAUUUGAUAUUAAUCAGAAGUGUAUUCUUAAGACUAACCAAUCUGAGCAUGCUGGUAUUCUCGCUGUGGCAACAUAUCACCUGCUCUGACAGUGAAAGUAAACAGGAUUGUGAAGCCUGUGGUCACAGCAUUCACUAUCCGUGUUGGGAGACAAAGAUUGGACAGGAAAUGUACAAGCUAAUGCUGUUUGACUUUCUGUCUUGCAUUGCUGUCACCUUUUGUGUGGAACUUCCAAGAAAAUUCAUCGUUGAGCAUGCUCCGUUUGAGAUAACUAAAAUGUUGAAGAAGCAGCAAUUUCUGAUUCCAGAGAAUGUUUUGGAUAUCGUUGAUGGACAAACUAUCGUCUGGAUUGGAAUGUUUUACUCUCCAUUACUGCCACUUCUCAACAUCGUCAAGUAUUUCAUCAUCUUCUAUGUGAAAAAGCAUUCUUUGUACAACUACUGUCGUCCUGGCAAAAGACUGUUCCGAGCCUCCAGCUCUAAGAUUUUCUUUCAGUUGGUAUUGCUGUUUGGACUGGCUACAGCAAUUGUUCCCGUCAGUGUCAAUAUAGCUACGGUCCAUCCAUCCAUGUCCUGUGGUCCAUUUCGACACUAUGAAUCAGCUUGGCUCAUUAUUCCUGCAACAGUAUCAACGUUUCCGUCAGAAGUGCAGAGAUUUUUGAAGUACACUAUAUCAGAGCCCUUUAUCCUAUUAGUGAUCACCAUUUUAUGUAUGAUAUUGACAACUUUGGUUUCUUUGGUUCAAAUUAACAGAAGCACAAUUACUCAACUGAAAAAGCAUUUAAUCUUGACAGGAAAGGAUAAACGAUAUUUGGUAAAAAAGCUAUCUUCACGUUCUCAGCAUCUACAACAUGGUCCUUUUCGAGACAGUUCUUCUGAAAGUGACACCCUAUCAAGAGCUGGACUUGAGAUUUUCAACAACAGAACUCUUUCAAGCAGCAUAUCCGUUAAUUCUCUGUUUCAAGAGAACCAACACAAUUGAAAGAAGGGCUGAUACUGUUCAAUAUAUCCCAUUGUUAAUGAAAAGUACCUAUAAUUAUCUGCCAAGCUCUUCACUGCCAUACUGUUCAAGAAGACCAUCUAGAAUAUGUGCAUGGUUGAACAUGUUCUUUUAAAUGUGUGAAACUAUUUUUGCAUGUAAAUAUUCUAACAGCUGCAAAUUGCAACUUCUUUCAAGAAGAGGAAGUAAAUACUUGUAAAUAAAAAAUAAUAUUCUCAAAUUAAACACAUUGCAAUAAACAGAACAUAAAUUAAUUUUA